GAGUGGCAGCGGCGCCGCCCAAUCGGGGUUGAACGAUGGCGGGGGCGCUGCGGGCGGUGCUGUGCGUGGCGGGCGCCGCGCUGUCGGUGUACGCGCUGCAUGUGGAGCACCAAGCGGCGAGGGACCCGUCGUACCGAGCCGCCUGCGACCUGGGGCCCUCCGUGUCCUGCACUCGGGUGUUCUCCUCCCGGUGGGGGCGUGGCCUGGGGCUGGUGGAGCCGGUGCUGGGCGGGGACAGCGCCCUGAACGUCCCCAACGGCGCCAUCGGGCUGCUCUUCUACCUGCUGCAGGGGCUGCUGGGCGCCUCGCGGGGCCGGGCGGCCGCGGCGACGCUGUUGGGGACCUCGGUGGCCUCGGCGCUGGCCUCGCUGUGGCUCGGGGGGGUUCUGCUCUUCGGCCUCAGGGACCUGUGCGUGGUCUGCCUCAGCACCUACGGGGUUAACCUGGCGCUGCUGGGGCUCAACCUGCGCCGCUGGAAACGGCAGAAAAGCACCCCGAAAACGGAGUGAAACCGACCCGGAACGGCCUGGAACCGACACGAAACCACCCAAAACGGAGAGAAACCAACAUGAAAUCACCCAAAACGGAGAGAAAAUGACCCAAAACUGCCUGGAACCGACACGAAACCACCCAAAACGGAGAGAAAAUGACCCGGAACGGCCUGGAACCGACAUGAAACCACCCAAAACAGAGAGAAACCAACAUGAAAUCACCCAAAACGGAGAGAAACCGACCCGGAACUGCCUGGAACCGACACGAAACCACCCAAAACGGAGAGAAACCGACCCAAAACUGCCUGGAACCGACAUGAAACCACCCAAAACGGAGAGAAAAUGACCCAAAACUGCCUGGAACCGACACGAAACCACCCAAAACGGAGAGAAACCGACCCAAAACUGCCUGGAACCGACACAAAACCACCCAAAACGGAGAGAAACCGACAUGAAAUCACCCAAAACGGAGUGAAACUGACCCAAAACUGCCUGGAACCGACAUGAAAUCACCCAAAACGGAGAGAAAAUGACCCAAAACUGCCUGGAACCGACACGAAACCACCCAAAACGGAGAGAAACCGACCCAAAACUGCCUGGAACCGACACGAAACCACCCAAAACGGAGAGAAACCGAC